AUGCCCCCUUUCUCUACGCUUCUUCGGGCGACCGCGACUGGGGUCAUUGGGUGUGCACUUGCCUUCGCCCACUAUGCGCAGCGAGCUCCCGCGUUGGCCUCUUCCGUCUUCGAGGGACCCGCCGCCGCCACGGCAGACGCUGUUGCCAGCAUGCGACUUCAGGAUCAGGGCAUUCCGUGGGAAAUCGAAUGCGACGACUUUCGCCAAGGCUACCAGACAAACGCAGUGCAGCUGCAGAUUCUCCGACUCCGUGCCGAAUACGCGGCUUCAAGUGGUGAGAAGUCACCUCUGAUACGCAUCGUCGGAUUCUUCCCCGGGAUCUCAAGUACGACCGUGUACGAGCAUCUCACCAAUGUGCCGCUGCGGCGCGGGUGGGACUGCAACUACACCAAUUUUGAGCAGUUCUCUGGAAAAUGCCUUUGUACACUGGCCAAUGUCGAUGCAUUGCGGCGCCCCUUCGCCGCUGUGGCGAAGGUGCGUCCCUGCUGCUCUGGCGAUGUGUGCACCCUUGUCCCAGAUGUGGCGGGCUUCGUGCUCGACGACCAUGGCUGGUUCACGCACCGCGUCGGCGGUCCAUUGCUGCGCCGCUUCGGGCUGGCUGACCGGCUAUUCCAGUACGAGCGCCUAUCCUACGCCUACUACGAUGGCGAAGGUGCUCCAGCCAUGUCCAGGGACACUGCCACUGCUAGCAAAAUGUACGACGUUCUCUUUAGCGGGUCCAAAUGCACGCGCGAGACGGCUUCGACAGCUGCGCCAGCGCUUCGUGCGUGGUUCGAGGGAAAUCGCGAGGCUGUGCCAUGUGAAGAGGUAGACGUGAAUUUCCAACAUAUCCUGCUUGUCCCGAUCGCGGAUGCCAAGGCGCAGCUGUUUCGCGACUCUGACCAACUUCGCUCGCUGUGUACAAUGGGAAGCAUGAUCGAUGUGGCGAGCACUAAGCUCGUUUACGAUGUAUGGAGGGAUACACAGCAACGCGUGUCGGAUGGCGCAGUGUCGUCACCGGGCACCCUUCUCAUCAUGAGUUCUGCGAACAAUGUUGGCAUACCCGCACUGCUGCCGCGAUGGGCACAGAAAACGAUUUUGUCCACCAUGUCACACAAGGCUUACGGUAACCUACUAAAGGCUUGUCGGGAGCACUCUAGUCACGAGAACUCUGUUUGA